UUUUUUUUUUCUUUGUGAUUGUUCAAUCUAAAGAAGAAUGUUGUCCGAUCAAAUCACGGCUAAACGUGGGCCAUUGGCACGUGUUUGGCUUGCUUCCCACUGGGAACGUAAAAUCUCAAAAUCGCAGUUUCUGCAAACCAAUCUGGAGAAAACGAUAGAUGCAAUCACUACCAAUCAACAGGAACCUCUUGCUUUACGUAUUUCUGGCCAGCUUUUGCUUGGUGUCGUUCGAAUCUAUUCGCGUAAAACUCGAUACCUGUUGGAAGACUGCAAUGAAGCGCUUGUUCGAAUCAAAUUGGCAUUUAAAAAAGGCGAUGUCAAUAUGCCGGAUAUCAGUCACUCUAUUGCCAACCAAAGUACCAUUACGCUGCCAGAACGAUUAACCGAAUUCGAUAUUAUGUUACCGGAUGCCCCUUUCAACAUGACACAUUUGGAAAUGGCCGACCCGAUGUUAGAUAACUUGGCCCUUGCCGCGAUUUCGCAAGAUAUCAGUUUCAGCGAAGAAUCCAGCUGGGGCUACGAGGAAACCGAACAAGGCCGUCGAUUGGCCGGCACCGAUGCGGAUGAUUUGAUGGGAACCGAAGGCUUCACUUUCGGCGAUAUUGAACAAGGCCGUCGUGAUACUGGUCCCGAAUUGGUGGAUCAAGCUUUCACCAUGGAUGACAUUGAUGAACCUUUGAAUAAGAUGCGCAUCGAUGAUACAAACGACGUGCUUGACUUUGAUUUCGACUUUGAAGAUACAGCCGAAGCUCGUGACGAACAUGCCGCGAAUCAGCCUGAACGAGCGGUGGAGUUCGACACCAACCUGAAUACCUUGAUGCAAUCAGGUAUCAUGCCUGAUACGGCUGCCAUGGAUUUAUCUACGCAACAACUGGACUUUGUCUUGCCCGAUGAACAUGCCACCGUUCAAGAACCGACACGACGCCGACGAAAGCUCGUCGUGGAUAAAGUCACGGAAAUCCCUCACACAGAUUUACGACGAAACAUUAGCGAUACCUCGGCUAUUACUGACCGCACUGCCGAUACGCGCAGCUCAGCCAUGGCAACCAAGGGCAAACAGUUGGAUAUUUCCAAGCCUUUAGGCUAUGCUCCCGGAUCGGGAUUGACUACACUCUUUGACACUCUGGGCACGAAGCGUCGAGGUUCCGCGGUGAAUCAUGGUAGCCCGAAAGAAGCCCGUUUGACAGAACCCCUUGAAGACAUGGCUGGCCCAUCGACGGCUGGUAUCCCGACCGCCUUUGAUGGACAGGAACUUGGCUUUGAUGAUUUCGCCACCAACGAAACCGACUUUGACUUUGGCAUCAAUACAGCCGUUGAUGAACAGGGGGCUGGACCAUCCACGCUAUUGGAGAAUGAAGAGACUAGUUUCUUCUCGCAGAAUGGACAAUCCACCCAACUGAACCAAAGUGCUCAUCAGACCUUGACCACACUGACCGAAAAGUUCGACGCCGGCGCCAAUCGAGCCGCCUUUGGUGAUCUGGUUCCAGGUACCGCGUCGAAAGCGGAAGCUGCUCGUAAAUUUUACGAUGUGCUUUUAUUGUCUACAAAAAAUAUGAUUCAGCUGAAGCAGCAACAAUCCUAUGGCGAGAUUGAAAUCCGUCCCGUUACCAUGGUCGCUUAAAAUAUCCACACCCAUUUGUCAUUCUCCGAAACUAAAAUAAAAUCAAUGCAGUCAAUAAAAAAAAAUUCAGUCGUAAAC